AUGAGUUCAUCUCAAGUAGGAUAUUUAGUGACGGCAAAUAUAAUUACUGCUUUUGGAGGAGGAAUAUUAUAUGGUUUAUAUUAACUGGCUGGCGAUUACCUAACAACCUUUUUUUUUAUGGUACAAAAAUUAUUUAGAGUAGAUCAUUUUUGCUGUUGCGUUAGCAAGCAUUAGAAUUUCAGUAGUUAAUAAUAUUAAGAAAUUAUAUGCAAAAAAUAGUGAAAGAUGGUCAAGCUAAAGAAUUUACUUUUUGCAUCAAGCAAAAUUUGGGAUAGCUUUCAAUUUAAUAAUAACUGUUUUAUAUAGCUUAAGGCAUCCAUUUACAUUGUUAGAAUAUUUGAAAAAGCUGUUCACAAUUUCUUCUAUUCCUUAUGUUUUUGUAUUCUAUGUGAUAGCAAUUAAACUAUAAUGUUUAACUUCAGUAUUACUUUGGGAUGUUUUAUUUUGGGGAGUGAUUGAUUUGUUAAGAAUAAUAUCANAUAUAAUGACUAUUAAAUUUAGUAAUUUAAUGACUUAUAUUUUUUUAUUAAGAUUUUCAUAAAUAGCAGAAACUAACUAUAUACUUUAGAAUUAAUAUUAAAAGUUUCUUACAAUUAAUUUUGAAUGUAUAAAUACUAUAAAAUUAUAUAAGGUACUUGAACAAAAAAAUCCCUUCAUUAUUCUACGAGGAUAAUAAUUUCCCAUAAAUAACUUCACUUGGAUAGUAAUGAAUUCAUGUAUUUUCAUUUUAAAGUUGUUUCAUUUAUUCUUUGAAUAUGAGCAUAUUCAUAACAAUUUUGUAUUUAGAUAAUCAUAUAAGAUGAUAUUCUAAUGAAAUAAUAGAAUUA